AUGGAUACAUGCCUUUCCUCAAACCACUCACCAGAGGCAGUGGAGAAGCCGAAAAUUAAUGCUGAAAAAACAGCCACACAGUUUCUCAUAUUUCCACUUUCCUCCCCUCCUUUCUUUUUUAUUCACAGCUCCCCCUUUUCCAGACAGCCAUUGAAACCCAACUCGAGGUUCUUGAUGGAGACUUCGAAGGUUGUCCGUGAAGUUCAGCAAUUCGUAGCUUUUAAUGUUGACAACUGUUUCAAGAUGGUCGACAAUUUGAGGUCCCAAAAUGGGGUUCUUGAUAAAGUUUUGUCCUUUUGUGCUUGUGUUCAAAAUGGCCGCCAGCUUCCAAGAAUGAAAAGGUGGAAUAUGGCUGUGCCCUCCAAUUCAAAUUUUGCCGCCAUUUUACCUGGAGAUUCUUUGGCUGGAGUGGCCGUGACGAACGGGAUUUCGAAUUUCUUAAACAUCUACAACACUGUGUUAGUCUUGCGGCUCGUCUUGACUUGGUUCCCUAAUGCCCCUCCAGCAAUCGUCAACCCACUUAGCACUAUAUGCGAUCCAUACUUGAACCUAUUCCGAGGAAUUAUCCCACCACAAGGAGGACUGGAUUUUUCGCCGAUAUUAGCAUUUCUUGUUUUAGAUGCAUUUACGAGCUCGGCUGCUGCACUGCCAGCUGAACUUCCACCAGCCGAAGGGUCAAUAGGUAUUGAAAAUCCUAAAAUGUCAUUUCGCAUUACCUCAUCACACAAGAAGUGGAUGAUGAGAAGGUUUUCAGGAAGCAAGUCGACGAGUUCUAAUUGUGAAGUUUAA